GUCGCAACUCGCGUCUCGCAGGACGGCCGACGGACACCACUACCGUACUAACGCGACACUGUGAAUACAGUCGGAUUUUUUUUUUACCCACACUAUUUUAAUGAAAAUAAAAAAACACACACAUAUAUAUAUAAAUAAAUAUACACACGCAUAUAUAUACAUAUAUUAUAAAUAUAACGUUUUCUCAGUCGCUCCGCCUGUGUGUAUGCGUAUUGUAUUAUAAACUCCGAGUCCACCGGAAACACACGGACGACCACUGCGGUUGUACUCAUCGCUCAGUAGGUCUUCUCGUUACGACGAAUUCGCCAUAAACAGGCGCGAGCGUUUGUCGUCGUCGUCGUCGUCACCGCUGCCGCCUCCGCCGUUCGACCAGCAACCAGCCACAUCCCGUAUCGUCGGGGCACCGAUACGUUUCUCGCCGGUACGGAAAAAAAUAUAAUGGCACAUCGUUUAACCGACACCGCCGUCCGCGAAAAUCCGUAGUCACGCCGUAUCUGCACCGCCUCCCCGAUUUAGUAGUAGGUGGUCGUUAGUAAAUUCCUAUACUUUUAGUGUGUGUACUUUAAUAGUUAAAGAAAAAAAAAAUCUACAAUUUAUAGCUGGUGUUUGGGCAUAAAUCGAUUUUUAGUUAAAUUUUGCCGUUAUCACUAUACACACAACAAUACUUCAACGGCGGCCGCGGGUCGUGACUUUCGGACACCGACGACGACCUGUGACAUUAAAAUGACCGGUUCGUUUCCCGCCGCCUGGUUCCUGUCUAAAAUCGCCACCACCGUCGCCGUCAAGUCGUUGCCCGUGGGAACAACAUACAAUUUUAUCGCGUAGAAAAAAAAAAAUUAAAAUAUCUCUCGGUGUUCUUCCCCCGGGACUCCAGAGCCGUCGCCGUAAUGGCAUCAUUGUCGCAGCCCAAAUUUGAGCCAAAGGCGCCCGACAAAAGCUCGUCGGCCUCGUGCGGCGGUGACGACGACGGCACGACCAUCGCCAAUAAAACGGCGGCCGUCGCCGCCGACAAGAAUUUUCAGGAUUCCGCUGCCGACUGUUCGAACAAUAACAAGUCAAAAUCUCUAUCACUGGAUUUAUCAAAUUUGAACACUGCUAGUUUCAAGUCUUUGCUUGAAGAAGUAGUCGCUUAUGAUACAGCAAAGCAGACCAAAAGUGAACUGUACAAUUCUAUGUUACAGAAUUUGUUGGAGGAUGUAACUCAAAAUGGUGAAGAUGAUGUUAAGCGACCGUUGCAUAACCAACGUUUAGUUGAUAGUCAGACUGAUUUGGAUAAAUUGAUAUCUAAAGAACAACACGUUAAGGAAAACUCUUCUCUUGAAGCUUUUGACCUAGCACCCGAUUUUAAGAAGCGACUAUCUAGUGCUACUACUAAAGUAAGUGCUCGUCAACUAGAAGGUGGCUCAUUGCCAAGUCAUGUUAACCAUGCACAAGCACUGUCAUUAUUAUUAAACAAAAAAAAUACUCAAAACCAACGCAAAAAGAUUGCGGAAUCAUCAAAAAUGGCUAAAAGUGUAGAUCUUGGAAAAGUUGUUGAUCUUGGAGAUCCAGGAUAUGAACAAAUUGAUAGAAAAGAUAUGUCAAAUUAUACUAGUCAUGCAAGCUUGGAAAUAUGUUCGGCUAAAGAAGAGACUAAGGUUGAUGAACGUUUUACAACGCCAUUGUUAUGCAAGCAAUCAAGUCAAAAUUAUGAUGACCAUGAUGCAUAUAUGGAAAUUGAUGCUUCGCCAUAUUCUAAAGAUUCCAAAGAAGGAGUAACUAAAGUAUUGCCACGGACAUCAGGUGAGGGCGAUCAAGAUGGAAAAAACUGUUUACAUCAGCCAACUACAGUGGUAACGGAUUUUAAUAAAGACACGCAAGUGAUAGACCAUCGUUUGUUACAUCUAUUUGGCAGCCAAAAUAAUUGCUAUCAAAAUCCGUAUAACGGAUAUACGUCACCAAUGAGUUUCCAUUUCUUAACACCGAAUGACAACUUGGGCUUACAGACUGCGUAUAAUAACAACAGGAGAAGUAAUUUAGAAGAUACUAGUAGUACAGUUCAUAAACGAAAUAAGCAAAAAAAAGAACUAAAGAAGAAAGACGAAGUAGUCCUCUCAGAAGAUAUACAAGGAUAUCGAGGUGAUAAGAAUAUUGACGAGAUUUUGAAGUUCAUAGGAGAUUUAAAUGAUGAUAGUAAAAAGUGUAAAGGUAGUAAAACCAAAAAUAAGAGUCGAAACGGUAAAGGCUCAGAUGACGACUGUGGAAGACCAAAAAAUCGUAAAAUGAAAAUGACCAAGUAUAAUAGUGUUGAAGAAGUGUCCACUACAGUUUUUCAACACAUGGAUAGUUCAGAUGAUGAAUCAAAAUCAAUGAAAAGUAUUAAAAAGUCAAAGAAAAAAGCAUCUAAACAGAAUCAGACUACAAAAAAGUUUGCAUCCACUGAACAGAGACUUGAUGUAUUGUCAUCCGAGUCGCAAGAUACAGAUUCUGCAGACUUUCUAUUGGUCACUAAUAAACAAAGGAGGAAAAAACAAAAGUCUCAAAAUAAGUUAAAUACAACGUCCAAUAAUUUCCCUCCUCAUGACUCCUAUUUAUUAUCUCAGUACAUACAACCUAAAAAUGUAAAAAAUAAAAAACGAAGGAAGUCUACAUCUUCAAUGCCGCAUUCAGAUAAAUCUGAAGAUAAUUCCGAUCUCGACUCUGUACACUCUUUGCCUGCUUCAUCCACACCUUCCAAACAACAAUCAUUUAAAGAAGCCCAAAAAACUGAUUUGACUAAACCAGCCUGUGUAGUUACCACUUCUGAAGAGUCAAUACCAACAGUUACCGUCACAUUACCGCAUCGAAAUGUCGACGUCCCGUCGAAUAGUGUCAGUUGCACUAAAGAAUGCAUUAAUGGGGAUGUGCAUGUUACAUAUAUUGUGCAUGAAUCCCAUAAAGCGGACCCGGAGACCGUUAAAAAGACUGCCGUUAUAAACAAAGUUCCUGCAGCGAUACCCCCUCAAAGCGCUUCAUUGACUGUGCGCUUACCUUCAAAGAAGAAACAAAGUCCAAUAAUGUACAAUAAAUAUGAGGUGGAUACGAGCUUAUCUUUUGGAUUUGAAAUUGACCAGAAUUUACUGUGUGAUAGUGGUAACGAUUAUCAACCACCAGCCCCAAUUCCUAUGCCUAUUGAGUACAACUACAAAGAAGUGAUAUUGUUCAUCAAGAAAGCUUGGCAAGAUGUCGAGAAUGAGAAAAGCAAUGGUAGAUCAAAUAUUUUAGAAUACAAAUGUGAUACAAAUGAUGUUCAUGGGGACGUCUGAAAGGUCUGCCAAAUACUGAAUUGAAUAAACAUAAUUAGUUUUCGACAACUAAUUAUAUUUUCUAAUAUGGAAUUUUUUUCAUUCCAAAGAAAAAAAUCUACUGAAUUUGUUAAUAUUCUUCGAGAAAUUUUUAUAUAUCAUAGUAAUUAUUUAUGUACGUAAUUUGUAUAUAAUAUUAAGAAACAGUGUUAAAAUUACUUUUUCUUCUUUAAAAAAAAAAAAAAAUAAUAAUAAUAAUUCAAUUUAGUGGCUAUGUCACAAAUCUUUCUUUUCUCAGUAAAUAUUGUGUAUAUGAUUGUUAAUUUUAAAAAAAGGUCAUUACAUUUUUUCUUUUGUUAAGUUUGUACGUUCAAGUUUGUUUGGCUUAUUUAAAAAUGAUAAUAUUAUAUAAUUUUGGGGGCAACUAAAAAAACCUGAGGUCACAAAAUUACAUUUUGUGAGUUAUUCAAUUUGUUGGUGGUUAACAAGUCAAUAUUAACAUAUUUUUCAUCAUGUACUUACAAUAAUAAAUUAUUUGUUUCAAAACUCGAAUUUGUUAUAAUCAAUUUUGGGCUAUGUUAUUUUAUUAAAUUAUUUUUACUGCGUACCUUGAGUUCGCGAUUACCUUGUAAUUCACAAUAAAUACAUUAUACACAAUGUAUUAGGUUUUGUUCCAGUUUUAUUUAAUAUGUGUAAUUUGUCUAAAAUAAACCGAUUUGAUAAACAUAUA